UACCUAGUAACUAUUGUACUACGAGUAUCCCGUCCCAGUGACGUCGACAGCCAUCUACUUCUUGCCUUACGACAGGGCUAACCAACUAGCCCCAAAAAAACAAAAAACAAAAAAACCACAAAGACAAAAAAAAGAAAUGAAGCGCCUCAACUCCGCCCAAGACGACAACAUCCCCGUCUAUAUAUUCCUGCUCCUGUUCCUGAUCCUGGGGCUGAGUUUUCUGGGAACGUAUCUCGAGACGGUCAGCAGCAGCAGCAGCACCACCACCACCACCACUACCAACAGUAACAGCAAUAGCAACACCAACACCAAACGAGUGAAAUCAACCGUGCGCUUUCGUGCUUAACUACAGUACACCCACCACACAACAACACCUAGAUCCAAUCCAGCCAAAAAUGGCCGGAACAUGCUCCAUGCUCUGCCUCAUCCUCAUCACCAUCUUCAUCCCCCCCCUCGGCGUCUUCCUGAUCUCCGGCUGCAGCGCCGAUUUCUUCAUCAACCUGUUGCUCACGCUUCUGGGCUACCUACCCGGCCACAUCCACGCCUUCUACCUGGAGUACGUCUACUACCGGAAUUCCGAUGCGGUGGCGCCGCGCCGCGCGCCGGGGGUGUAUUCGGAGCGGAUUCAGCGGGGGGCGCAUCACCACCACCAUCAGCAGCAGCAGCAGGCGGGGUAUGGGACGAUUUAAGCUGGGGCCGGGGUUGCGGAGCGGUGGGUGGUAGUUGGACUAGGGUAGUCUGGUCUGGUGGAUGGUGGUAGGCAUUAUGCCUGAAGUUUUGUUUUUUGUUUUUUUUUUUUUUUAUUUGGUUCUUGGGGGAAUCGCUAGCGACGAG